UCUGCAGAGGAGAAGAAAAAACUAGUUCGAGAAUUUGAUGAGAAACAGCGUGAAGCAAAUGAAACGCUGCGGGAAAUGGAGGAAGAACUGAAGUAUGCUCCUCUGCCUUUCCGCAACCAAAUGAUGAGCAAAAUCCGGGCAUACAGAAGAGACCUCUCCAUGUUCCAGAGAGAGAUGAGAAGCACAGAUUUGGGAUUGGGCUCUGGAAGUCAAGGCGAUAUAAAAUACGGAAUCUUCUCCACAGAAAAUGAACAGAGUACUAAUCUGCAGUCACAGAGGGUACUGCUUCUCCAGGGAACAGACAGCCUGAACCGCGCCAGUCAGAGCAUUGAACGCUCGCACCGAAUUGCUGCUGAAACCGAUCAGAUUGGCACCGAUAUAAUUGAAGAACUUGGGGAGCAGCGGGAGCAACUGGAACGCACCAAGAGCAGAUUGGUGAAUACAAGUGAAAACUUGAGCAAGAGUCGCAAGAUUCUACGUUCCAUGUCCAGGAGAGUAACCACUAAUAAGUUGUUGCUGUCAAUAAUCAUCAUCCUGGAACUAGCCAUCCUAGGAGGUGUGGUCUACUACAAGUUCUUCCGCAGCAGAUGAAUCUUCAAGAGUAAGAUGAGCUUUUCCGCUGUUGAGGAACCGGAUGGGAUGUCUGUUGCCUUUGAAUGGCUGAGGAUUGAACUGUCUCACAAGACGGCACGUUCAACUGAAACUGUACUGACACUAGAAAGACAGAGAAUGGGAGUAAAAGGAAAAUGCAGAGACAGACUUGAACUGCUGGUAAGAUUAAUAAGAAGGUAAUAAAUAUUUUGUUGUCUCAAUUUGUAUAUACUUAACUAAAUGAAUAAAUCUUGGUAUGUAAUAAAGUAGCCACCGAUCAGUGGAAAA